ACCCAAAACCAGAAUCGCCGGCCGACUGAGAUACGACGCUCUUAACCACUCACACAUAAUCUCUUUGUACCUCUUGUCCAGUUCCAAUCCCUAGAUAACGCAAUGGCUGCACUCUACACAGGUGCACCUCCACAAGGCGGCCCAGGCUACUCGUUCAAGCAAACCCCCACAACUGUCUCAUCCGGCGAGCGGCAACAUGGUUUUUACCCGUACACCGACAACGGCGGCUCAACGCUGGGCAUCUCCGGCGCCGACUUCGCCAUCCUCGCCGGCGACACACGCUCGACAUCCGGCUACAACAUCAACACACGCUACGCACCCAAGCUCUUCAAGAUCGGCGGCGAAGGCUCCGACAGCAAGGGCGCCAGGAUAGUCCUCUCAGUCGUAGGCUUCGCAGCCGAUGCCCACGCCCUCAAGGAACGCCUCGACACCAUCGUCAAGAUGUACAAGUACCAGCACGGCAAACCCAUGACCGUCUCGGCAUGUGCACAGCGACUCAGCCACAUUCUAUACAACAAGCGCUUCUUCCCUUACUACGUACACGCUAUCCUGGGUGGUUUGGAUGAAGACGGCAAGGGCGCCCUGUACUCGUACGAUCCCGUCGGCAGCUACGAGCGCGAACAAUGUAGGGCAGCCGGUGCGGCUGCAUCCCUCAUCAUGCCUUUCUUGGACAAUCAGGUCAACUUCAAGAACAUGUACGAGCCCGGUAGCGGAGUGGGCCACGAACUCAAGUCGAAACAAGCAGAGCCGCUGCCUAGGGACCACGUCGAGGAUCUGGUGCGGGACGCUUUUACGAGUGCUGUUGAGAGACACAUUGAGGUUGGUGACGGGUUGCAGAUGAUGAUUAUCACGAAGGAGGGCAUAGCUGAGACCUACACCCCGCUCAAGAGGGAUUAAGGGCUUGGUUUUAUGGGUGAGGAGGGGUAUAUUCACGAACAUGAUGACUUUAAGAGUGCAGAGCAACAUGUACGAAUAAACAUAGCACUUGCUACUUUAGAUGAUGAUCAGGGCCUAGUCAUUCUACCAAUUACAAGGCUGGUUCAGUACCACUUUGCUCCAACCUUUCUGACGACUCGCACGGGUUUCUUUUUUCCUUUUCCAGGCCGUUCAGUGUACCGACUGCGGAUAAAGGCCAUUGUGGCAUAUCCAUAUGUCGUAGGCACUCAUUUGAGAAGACGUAGUAAGUAGGUUUGCUAACGCAAAUGUACAGCUGCAUCGUUCAUUCGUAUGCAGACAAGCGGUACAGCUCCACUUCUUGUUAAUAAAGCACUUGAUCAUAUAGUAGGGUUAUCACAAGACAUCGGAUCUCAGA